UUUGAAGAUGGCGCCUGUAGCGUUUACGUUUGUAGUUCGCUUUAGCACCGAGGAUGCAAUCUUUAAAGCUGAAAAUUUAUGCAAGGGAAAGACAGAUGCCACGAGCGCUUGGAAAUGUGCGAAAGAAGACACGAAUUGUGGUCGCAUGGAAGCUGAAUUCCAGCUCGAAAAGGCAUCUUAUAUCAGUCACAUCGACAUUGGUAACUGUGGUUCUUCCUUCAUUGAGAUUUUGGUUGGAAACUCAAUGUGGCCUCAGGAAAAGCCAUUUUUAACUUUACUACCAUCAGCCAUGCUGAUGACCCCAGCUGAGUGUAAACACUGGACUAAGACACACACUGUUAGAAUGUUUAAUCACAAUUCCUUUUCCAAGCAAGCCCUAGGAAGUCAGUGGGAUCGCAUAAGAGUUACCUGUCGACAACCUUUCAGGUCAGACAAGCAAUUUGGGCUGUCAUUCAUAAGGGUGGCUUCAGUUGAGAGUGACCCUGUAUCAGUCCCUCCUGCAGGAGUAUCUGGUACAACAGCCACCUUAGGGCAAACUUCACAUGAUGUAAAUGAUGAUGAUGGUAUUGUGCGAUUGAAAAAGGCAUCGGGCCUCAUGGGUUGCCUUAGGAGUUUUGAGAAAGGAAGCCCUGAAAGUCCACUGAACAGAGCAGGAAAGAUGUUACAGGCUGCUCUAGACAGCAGAUCUCCCACAACUCCAAGGAUCAAACCUGGGAACAAAAGGUCAUCACCUGAAAUUGCAUCCAGUCCUGAAAGUCCUUACAAGAAAAGAAACUGGCACUCACCCAGUGAUGAAACAAAUUUAAAGAAGAAAAAGCAAGAGAAGACAUGGAGCCUUGCUGGGGAUAUACGUGAUGAAGUGGAACUAUUUCUUGAGGAUAUUGACUUCACAAAAAUUGAUCUUGGAAGUGUUACAUUUAAAGACUUGAGAAGCCAAAUGGAGGCACAGAGGGGUUGUUCUCUCACCAGCCUAGAGAAGAAAGUUUUUCUUCAGAUGACAAAGGCUGCCAUUGAUAAAUUACAGCCAGCUGCCGAGGACAGUGAUAGUGAUCUAGAGGAUGUUCUGGAAUUGUCCACAAACAAAUGUGAUACAAGUCCAAGUCCUCAAAUGGGCAAAAAUCCUAGCAGAGCAAAGAAACAGCUCAGAGAGAGUUUUAGUAAUGCAACAUCUGCUUCAGAAGAGAAACCCUCUGCAACUAUGAACCAAAAUCAAUCACCAAAUUUGACAUCAACUGUAUCUAUGCCUGAAAACAAAACUCAUAGAAGUAGGAAGAAGCCAAUUCUUUCUGUUGACAUAUUUGAGGAGGACAUCCCAUCAUCUUCAUCAAGGUUUCUUGAGGAUGACACAGAAGAACUCCCUUCUAUGUUAGAUUCUUCUGCUAAUAAGCCAGCAAAAGAAGAGCUUUUCCACUGUGGCAACUAUGAAUUGUCACCAUCACCUGCCAAGAAAGCAUCAUCAAUAUCUUUAGUGGAAUGCCCAAUCUGCAGCAUGUUCUUCCCAUUAACAAAGAUUGAAAUUCAUGCUGCUUUGUGCAAUAAUAAAACAGAUGUUUCUCAAACUAACACUACCCUUGAAGAUGACCAUAUUCCAUGUCCAAUAUGUUCUAAGUUGUUUCCACUGGCUUGGAUUGAACAACAUGCUGAUAUUUGUGUGGAAACAAGCAGAAGCAAUGAUAGCAAUAACAUGGGGAGAGAAGUAAUUACUAGUCAAGGGAUUUUAUUAUGACUUAAUAGAUAGAUAUAUCUAUUUUUAUUAUGAUAGAAAUUUGUUUGCACAUGAAACAUUGACAUAUAUUUCAUGGUUGAUUAGAGAAAUAUUAAUUUCCUUUCAUAGAUCAAUACAUUUUGUGUCUAAAAUACUUUUUUCAAGUUUGAUUUAGACAGAUGAUCUUUGAAACCUGCCAAGAGUAAGAGUAAAGUGAAUGUUGUUUCCUAAUACUGUUUUGUUGUGUUCAGUAAGGAAAUUUAAAGUCAGUUUGCUCUCAGUGAGAACAGUCAUUUAACUAAAGCAGUUUAUAAAUUAUGAUCCCUGGAAAAUGUGACUUGUAAUGAAAGUUUUUAGCUUUAAAAUACUGUAAAGGUACAAUUUUUUCUUUGAGUGCAUGCUGACACAGACAGACAGUAGUACUACAUGUACACAUGUUACAACCCUGAGUGUAAAAUAUCUUCAGUUACUGAUUUAUAAGAAAAUAUAUUAAAAUUAGAUACAUGGCAGUUUCAU